AUGGUCAAACGCAAGCUAGGUGCCUUGGAAAAGGUCGACGCAGACCUACCGAAUUUACAGAACAAAAUUAAACGAGAUCCCAAAUCCUACCAUACCGACUUUCUGUACCAAUAUAUCCAAUAUGACAAUCAGCGACAGAUAUUCAUGCAGGCUCCGACGUCAACGACGGAUAGUGGGAUCAUAUCAUUCCGAGAUCUGAUUGAAUUCAUCGCACAUGUCUCGGACUGCUAUAAAGAAGAGACCAAAGAUUUCCCCGAACAAUUGAUUGAGAUCCUUUCAGCACAUCAUGCGACGCUGGAGCCGGAAUUGAGGGAGAAAAUUGUUGGUAGUCUGGUUCUGUUGAGGAAGAAGGAGAUCAUUGAUUCGACUACUUUACUACAAUGUUUCUUCCCAAUCCUGACCUCCACUCCCACCAAGUCCCUCCGAGCUCUCCUCUUUCAAAAAAUCCUCAGCGAUCUACGUUCCUCCAACUCAAAAACGAUAAACCAUAAGCUUAACAAAAGUGUUCAAACAACGCUACACAACCUGGUCACUGAAGACCGUACCUCACCCAAGGCAUUAUGGGCAGUCAAGAUUACCCGAGAAAUGUGGAAGAGACAGAUAUGGACCGACGCAAAAGCUGUGGAAAUCAUGAAGGAAGCAGCACUGGCUGACAACGAGAAAUGCAUUGUCGGUGGUGUGCGCUUUUUCUUGGGAGGCGAUAAAGAAAGGGAGGAACUCGAGGAUGAAAGCUCAGACGAAGAGACAAUCGACAUGGGCAAGUUGAAACACACGAUGGGCAUCAACAAAAAGAGCCGAAAGUCGGAGCGCAAACUCGAAAAAGCCGCAGCGACAGUUCGACGGAAGGAGAAGAAGAAGGGCCAACCGCAUCCAUUGAACUUUUCGGCCCUACACCUGUUGCACGAUCCUCAAGGCUUUGCGGAAAAUCUAUUCUCGAAACAUUUACAGAACACAAAGUCCAAGUUGAAUCUCGAACAGAAGUUGCUUGUGCUGCAACUUGUGUCGAGGUUGAUUGGUCUCCAUAAGUUGACCGUUAUCAGCUUUUACUCAUAUUUCCUGAAAUAUCUUACGCCACGACAGCCGUCGGUGACGUCGUUUCUUGCAUCGCUUGCGCAGGCCACCCAUAAUUUGGUGCCACCGGAUAUCCUGGAGCCUUUGGUGCAGAAGAUUGCAAAUGAAUUCGUCUCUGAGGCAUCUGCUGGAGAGGUGGCUGCUGCGGGAUUGAAUGCUAUUCGCGAAAUUUGUGUACGACAGCCAUUGGCAAUGAACGACACAUUACUGCAAGAUCUGGUUAUGUACAAGAAGAGCAAAGACAAAGGUGUGAUGAUGGCCUCAAAGGGUCUUCUAAGUCUCUACCGACAAGUUGGGGCGGAGAUGCUCCACAAGAGAGAUCGUGGUAAAGAUGCAACGCUUAGUCUACGGUCUGGUGAACAACAGCAAGCAAGAUUUGGGGAAGAGGCAGUGGGUGAGAUUGAGGGACUUGACCUCCUGGAAAAAUGGAAAGAAGAAGAAAAGCAGCGAAAGCGGAUCGAAAAAGGGCUCCCAGCGGAUGGAACUGAUGACGAAGAUGAUGAAGACGAAGAGGACUGGAAUGCAUGGGAUGUUCAGGAAGAGGAUAGUGAUGAUUCUGGUGGUUGGAUCAAUGUUGAGAGUGACGAUGAAAUCAACAUUAGCGACAGCGAUGAUGAGAAACCGUCCACGAAGAAGGUGAAAUUUGAAGUUCCAGUGCCUGCUAGCGAUGACAAGGAGAACGUCGCCAAAGAAGAGACCAAAGAGACAAAAUCCAACCUUGCGUCGACUCGGAUCUUGACGCCCGCAGAUCUGGCCAAGCUACAAGAGUUGCGCACUGCCGCAUCGGUAUCUGGACUGAUGAAGAAUCACAAAUCACACCAUGCAUCUCAAACACAACAAACACAUUCCCAACGACACAUGGAUGAUCCGUUGACAGCUGCGGAGAUUGAGGGUCUCGCGUCACUGUCAAAGGGUAAAGCUACUCGGGCACAAAAGCUAGAAAUGCUCGCAGACCACAGAGCGGACCGUGAGGAGCAUAAAUCCAAAGCAGCGAGAAAGAAGGAACGGAAGGAAACCGAGGGUAAAAGUACGACCAACAAGGAAAAGGCGCGGAAGAAGAAUUUCUUGAUGACAUUGGGCAAGGCCAGGGCCAAGGGAAAAAGGAGUUUGGUUGAGCAUAAGAAAAUCCUCAAGGCUCACGCGGAUCGAGGGAAGAGGGGAGGUAAGAGAGGCAAUUAUUGA